AUAUAUAAGUUGGAAAACAGUUCAUUAAAGAUCGUCACUCGAGUUGGAUCGAUUGAUUGUGUAUCGGUGUAUCAUAUAAAAUACUAUUGCUUUUUCUUCUUUUUUUUAUUCUAAAAUUUUAAAACUUAUCUAAUUUUAAAAUCUAUCGGCAGUAUAUCAUGAAACACAUUAUUGCACUUGUACAAAUAUUGACCAUGAUUUGGUUGGUCGCCUUGGCAUUCCCGCAAAGAGACCCGUCGAGCAAGAUUUCAGACACUAUUUAUUUUAAUAAUAAUGAUGAGUUGAGCAGCACCACACAAAGAAUAACAACUACAACUAAUUGUCCGUGUGUUGCAACUGCAGAAUAUAAUCCAAUAUGCGGUACUGAUAAUGUUACCUAUUGGAAUAUGGGAAGAUAUAAUUGUGCGAAAAAUUGUAAUCCACGACUUGAAAUAAGGGUGAUGAGAGCUUGCGAACCAUACAUCCAAAUAAGCAGUAAUUGAAUAUCACAUGGGUUUAUUAUCGCUUUCAUACGACUGAGAAAAUGACACAACAGUUUAUAUAAAUACAGAUAAAUAAGUGAAUAUAUUUGAAUAUAUUAUUAUUUUUUUAUUUACAAUGGUAAUUCUCAUAUUGUUUGUAUAUUACAGAUUUAUAUUAUAGCGGAAGUUCUUUCGUAAUAUGCAAGCGCAAUUGUAAUCGCAAGUUAUUAAUACGUUAACUAUGACCUUUCAAUAAAUCUCUGUAUGUUUUAAUAAUCAAUAUAUUGCUAUUAAUUACAAUGUAAUUUGUGGAAAACCCAUACACUUUGUAUAACUUUGCACAUGCAUAAAGUGUAUGAGUUUUCCAUGAAUUGUAAAGUGCUGUUAUACAUUAUAUAUAAAGACUGAUAUCAAAUA